UUAACAGAGAAGUCUGACGUGUACUCUUUUGGUGUGGUGUUGUUUGAAGUGUUGUGUGCAAGGCCACCCAUCAUGCAAACAGUAGAGCACGAGGAGAUGAGUCUAGCAAAGUGGGCCCCGAAAUGUUAUCGCAAUGGGAAGCUUGAUCAGAUUGUUGAUCCAUUAUUGAAGGCUGAAAUUGAACCAGAGUUUUUGAAGAAAUUUGGCGAGAUUGCGGUGAAUUGUUUGCAUGACAAUGGAACCGAACGGCCAUCAAUGAAUGAUGUGGUUUGGGGUCUUGAGCUCGCAUUGCAGUUGCAAGGGAGUGCAGAAAAAGCUACCUUCCAUAGGGAGCAAAGUUUUGCUAGUAAGGAAUAUCAGGAUGGAUUGAUGUCGAUGUUUUCUGAGAUUAUGAACCCUGAAGGUCGAUGAAAGAUAUACUAGCCAGCUGAAUUUUGAAAGUUUUAUUUAAGUGAUGGUUGCAACCUUGCAAACUAGCACAACAAGUCAUUUUAUUUCAUUUACGAUUAUUAAGCAACAAUAGUGGUAGUGCAGAUAUCUGAUAAGAAUACUUUAUAAGCAUAAACUUAUCAGCGUUCUUAUUGCAGUAACAUUCAGUCGUAUAAAAUUAUAGUUGUACGUUUUUCUAGGAUGUGACAUAGAAUUCUGAAGUUUUGAAAACUAGAAUAAGUACUUGCAUCCAUAAAAUUAAAAUAUCCAUAAUAUUGAAGUGUCGUGUUCAUAAUCUUA